AUGACUUUGCCAUCACCCAAAAAUCCAAGCCCUGAUAAUACACCCAAAUUGCAAGACACGGUGACUCCCAGCAACCACGGAACUCCUCCCCCAAGUUCUGACCAAACAGCACCUCCUUCCCAGCCAGCUCCCGAUGUGUCUAGCGGUCAACCUGCUGAAUCAACACUCAAGGACGUUCAGCAUUUCUUGGACAAACAGCACCAACAUUCUGAAAUUCCAGCCGGAGAUCAAGGUCAAACCAACGCGCCAGCUGACCCACUUCUGGAUCCUUCCUCAGUUCCACCUCCCAAUCCACUGUCUGAGCCAGUACCACCCAAACAGGAGCCAACAACCUCGAUCCCUACCUCUCUCCUCCCUAGUCCACAUCCACCAUCUCAAACACCUGGCGUCCCAUCUGCCUCCACGAGCUCUCUCCCACACGGAAAUCAACCACCACAAACUCCUUCCGAUGUGCCACCACAGCCCACCACCAGUUCAGAAUCUGCUACAGAGUAUGUUGCUGGACUACUUGUAGUUUUUGCCAACACCUAG